GAAUAUAUUUCAGAAAAAGGUUCAUCUUGUUUACGAGAGAAUAUCAAGGCAAUGGGUGUAGAUUUAAAAAAUAAUGCAAAAAAAGAUGAUCAACCAAAAAUGAAACUUGUUAUAUUUACGAAAGGGAUGCUACCAGAAAAUCUUAAGUUAGCACUUGGUCAGCUUAAGAUUUGGGCUCGAGAUAAUGGUGCUAAAAGUGCAUUUGAGAAGGCAUUCACAUUAUCUGACCUAACGAUUCUUGUUCAAGCGUUUCAAAAUAAACUAUUAAAGAUAAAAGAAAAAAAAAGCUGA